AUGGUGGCCGUGGCAGCCCAACGGCUGCAAGACUAUUUCGAUAAGACAAGCCUGGUCGGGGGUGCAGGGGGGUUUGGUCAGGAAGCGGUUGGAUUGAGGGGUGAGGAGGUGGAGGGGGAUGAUGGGAGCGGGGAGACGGCGUGGCAACGGUGGGAGAGGGUGUUUGGAGAGGUGGAGGAGCGAGAAGCCAUGCUGACGAGUCUGCAGUUUCAACUGGACGACCUGGUGGGAGACGAGGACUUCACGGCAGCCGCCAAGCUGCAGGCCGCCAUCCGCGCGGUGGAGGACCAAGACGCCAUGGCUGCCGUUUUCAGAGAGCUCAAGGCGGCAGUGGCGGAGGAGAGGUACGGCGAUGCCAAACACCUUCGCGACGAUGCUGGGGCUGGCCUGGUGGGGUGGUGGGCGGGCCUGGACGAGAGUGGGUCAGCAGACCCCUUUGGGCGGCUGGUGCACGUGUCACAGCAGCACGGCAAGCUGCUCGCCAAGUCGUACACUGCCAAGCAGCUGUCCGUGGCAGGGCAGGGCAUUCCCAUCUUCGAGGUCUAUGUGGCUCGCAAUGCCGCCAACCCCAAGCGAUACGACCGCCAGGCCGUGUACCUCCACCAUGAGACAGCCACCAUGCAGGCCAAAGGCGCUUCCACCACCACCACAAACCCUCCGCCAAGCACCUCUGCUUCGAACAGCAGCAGCGCUUCCGAUGCUGCCCCCUCGUCUUCAUCCCCAUCAUCAUCAACAUCCGCGUCCGCGCCAUCCACGCCACCAUCCAGCGUGCAAAGGGUUCAGGAUGCUGUGUCGUUCAGCUGGGGAAAGAAGCAAACAGCAGAGGAAGGCAAAGUGGGUGAUCCAGGCACAGGGGCAGGAGCAGGGGAGAAGGGAGGCAUUUCAUCUCAAUCCCCUGCAGAUCCAGCCUCAGGCCAGGCUUCACCUUCACCAGUCCCACCCACCCCUCCUCCCUCUCCCUCCGCUGCCUCCUUCCCUCCCUCCUCCCCUUCCUCUGCCUCCUCUGCCUCCUCUCCCCCCUCGUCUCUCCCACCCGGCGCCGACGAUAGCUUAUCGCGGGUCCUCGAUUUCUUCCGAGAGCGGUUACCAGACGUGAAGCUGCGGGUCUUCCCGGUGGUGUCCCCUGCUGACGUGGCAGCGCCAGACGGGUCGGGCGCGGCGGGAACUGCAGAUAUUCCACGAAUAGUAGAGGAUGUGGUGAAGCGGAUAGCGAGGGACAGGGAGUCUGCAGCUGCUGCUGCAGCGGGGGAGGCAGCAGCGUCAGCAGCAGCGGGCGAGGGAGCAAAGGAGGGGGGUUCUGGAAGUGACAGUGAUGCAGGUGAUGGCGUAGAGGUUGGUGAGGGGCUGAAACGAGCAGAUGGAAGCGACGAUGCGAGUGAAGGGAUUGUUCCAGGCAGGGGUGACACGAGUGAAGGGGAGAGCAGAGUGCAGGGACCCAGUAGUGUGACUCCUGAAGCUGAUGGAGGCGUUAGUGAGGCAGUUGAAGUGGGAGAGGCUGCAGCGCAGUCUGUACAGUCAGCAGGAGCAGGUACAGGAGCAGGGAGCAGGGUCGGCGGAGCGGACGACCCAAGGCGUGCCAGUCAGCUGCCAGAGCGGGACUUGAGGCGACUGAGGGCGUUCCGAGAGAGAAACGGGAUGCUCGGCGAGGGCUCAGGUGAUAGUAGGAAUUCUAGUGCCAGUGACAGCAGCAACAGCAGCAGCAGCAGCAGCAGCAGCAGCCGAGGAGAAUCAGGCAGGAACGAAGAUUCAGGUGGGCUGGACAGAGAAGGAAGCAGUGGAGGCAGGGGGGGAGUUGGUGGUGGGCAGGGAGAAGGCGGGGCGGAGCGGAGCGACGGUGAGGAAGGAUCGGAGGAUGCAGAGGGGCGGCAGGGCAUUGCCGUGCGCGUGGUGGUGGGCGGCGUGUUCCCGGGGGAUGGCGCGGGGGAGAGCGUGAGCAAGGUGCCUGCGAGGAUAGAGUGGCGAGGCAAGGACGCAUUCGUGCUCACCGUGGAGGACAGCGAGGGUGACGGGGAUGCAGCUAGCAGCAGCAGCGGCAGCACGGGAACAUCUGCCACUGACCCAGCAGCGUCCCAAUCUCCCUCCUCUUCCCCUUCCUCCUCAUCGCAGUCAGCAGCGGUGGCGGCAGCGGUGAGUGAGCGGCUGGCGUCAGCAGCAACGAGGGCAGCGGCCAACCUGAUGCCGGAGGAUGUGGCGAAGCAGCUGUGGGGCGUCGACCGCUUCUCAGGACCCGAGGUGUUCAAGGACAAGGACGUAGCACAGCUGAUCCGCACGGCAGUGCAGCACGUGCAGAGGAGGCGCUACACGCUGCCCCGCACCACCGCCUUCACCCGCAUCCAUGCCGCCGAUGCCUCCACCGACCCCUUUGCUGGAUUGUACGUGGGUGCGUAUGGUCCGUACACUUCCGAGGCUAUUCAGGUCAGGCGUAGGUUCGGCACGUGGGAGGAGCCAGAGGGGGAAGAGCAGGAGAGCCAGGCUGGGAAGGCAGGGGAGAGGGUUGGGGGGAGGAAGAGGCAGGGCGAGCGGGCACUGGUGCCGCCGUUUGAGUACGUGGAGGGGGUGAAGCUCACAGGCGACUUCAAUGUGCCUGCUGGGAAGGUGUCUUUUCGAGCUAAGAUCAGGCGGCAUUGGCAGAUGCCGUUCCGAGGGGUGUACCCUGAUGAGCUGGGUGUGGUUGCUAGGUACCCUGGCCAGGGUCAGCUGGCAGAGCCAGGUUUCAAAAACCCCCGUUGGGUGGACGGCGAACUGCUUGUUUUCGAUGGAAAGGGUUCUCGCCACACAAAUGGUGCUGAGCUGGGCUUUGUUUUCUCAUUACCUGAGAGGCACUUUCUCAUUCUCUUCAACCGUCUGAAGCUUCAAGCUUGA